AACAUCAUAAUCCUCUUCUUGGUCAUCAACAACAACACGAAGGACAACAACUAUCUCAAUAUAUGAGACAAACAUCAGAUUCUAUGCAACCUUCUAAUCCUUCAUCAUCUUCUGCAACUUAUAUGACUACCCAUCUACACAACCAAGAGGGAUUGCAACAACAAACUCAGUUUGAUUUCGUGACAUCUGCUGGACAUGCAGAAUUAAUGCCUGAACCACCACCAUAUGACCAAUUCAACAUCGAGUGGCCAAACAUUCAAAUCCCAAUACCAGCCGAUCCACCGGAAUUCAUAUUAGGAGGUGGUCAACAGCAAUUAUUUGAGCCUGAAGAACAAAAUUUUCUAUUAGACAAAUUUAUUCAAUUUUUCGACGUGGAUCCAGGAAAUCAAAAUUUCAUGCUUACGCCGGAAAUUCAAUUUUAUCCACCUUCGAACGAUACGACAAAUAAUCAUCUUAUUGCUGAUGGCUCUACUUCGGUUUCUGCUGUAGUUGAUGCAAAUUCUUCGCCCUCUUCUCAUAUUUACGGAGGAAAUGGAAUAACAAAUACUAACGAAUCUUCAACUAACGUCGUCACCAAAAUCGACAAGCUCUCACGAUUUCGAUGA